AUGCAGUUCAGCUCUGUUCUUGCCUGCCUGAUCAUGGCCCCCUUGGCCCUGGCUGUGCCAGCCGACAUGCCUUCCCAGGAAAGCUCCCUUGCUCUUAGGGCUGCCGAUAACAUUGAGAUCCCGGAUAAUCUUCCCGAGGAUUGGAAGACUGCUCUCGAAGCCUAUUUCAAGGACACCGAGCUGGAUGUCGAGACCAGAGACCUCGACAAGCGCAGCGAUGUGCCUUUCAUGCACUGCGGCUGGCGCCGUUUCUUCAAUGUCAAGGAAGACUCAAAGUGCACGGCCGCCGUCGUUGCUAGCAUCUUGUCUGCUUCCAACAACUGCAAGUUGUGUGUCAACGGACACCUCUAG